AUGGCUAUAGUGAAGACUCCAGUUCUAAAAGUGAUCUUAUGUGGCGAAUAUGGGGUUGGUAAAAGCUCAAUGUUUCGCCGCUUCAUCAAUAAUACAUUUUUACCAAAUUCUGAUCGACGAACAACUUUGGGGCUCGAUCACUUCGAAAAAUUGUAUCAUGUUGGAGACAAGGAAGUCAAGUUACAACUAUGGGACACAGGUGGAAUGGAGAGAAUAGCUUCAGUGACAUCCAGCUAUUAUAAAUUUGCUGAAGCAGCUAUUUUAGUAUUUUCUUUAGAUAACAUCUCAUCAUUCCAUGUUCUAAGUCAACAUUUAUUAGACAUAGUAACUUAUGCAGAAAAUGCUAAGAUUUUCCUAUGUGGUAAUAAAUCUGAUCUUGAGGGUUCUUCACCGCAAGUAACAGAUGCAGAUAUAGAAAAUUUUUGUGAACAAUGUCACAAUCUCAUUAGUAGUAUCUACAAAACCUCUUGCAAAACGGGAAAAGGCUUAGAAGAGAUGUUUAGUGAUAUUGCAUCUCAGCUUGUGGAGUCUAAUCGAUCUAGGAUUGAAUUGCAAGCUUUGGAUCACAACAGCUUCAAAAUAUCACCGCCUGAAUCACAAGAAGAACCAUCAUGUAGCUGUUGA